AAAGGGAAAUAACAUGAAUUCAAGGGGCUGGUUUGCGAACUCUCUAAUUCUCGAACAUCCCCAACUUGGAUCAGAAACCCUAGAAAAAAUUAGCAGACGAUUGGAAGUUUCAAGCCAGGGUUUUGGAGAUCUUCAAGUUUCACAUGAGCAUGGAUUCUCUUCAAGUUGAUAGCUUUCCUGUUGCUCAUAAGAAUUUUUCAGUAAAUAUUAAGGGGAACAAAACAAACAUAGUGAUCUGCAAGUAUGAUGAUAAUUUUCUGGUAUUGGUAACGCAGAUAGGAUCGAUGGGAACUAUACUUCAUGCUAAGAAAGAGGAGGGGAUGUCUGUUGAGCCAAAUUUCAAUAUUUCAGUAAUAUUCGGCAAGCGAGAUGAGCCAUUACUUGUUGCAUGUGCCCGCCAACUGAUCGAGCAUAUCAGUAACUCUGGCUCAGCGAAGCCCUUGGUGUUAUCGCUUGGUCUGAAAGACCAUUCUCCGGGGACUUUAAAAGAUAUCAUUUCAGUUGUUACGGAGAAUUUCAUUUAUUGAAAACAAAAGCGAUGAACCUCGACUUCUUUUAGCUCAUUGAAGACUAUUACUGUAUGAGAAAUGUAGUAAAUCAAAGAAAUUAUGUUGGAUUUGUAGAUGGUGAUUGAUUGUAUGAGAACAUAAUAGGUUGUGCUUUUUCUGUUAGUGAAAAUUUAAAACCUGAAGGUUUACUAUUA